AUGACUAUCCAAUCGAUUCAAGAUGUACCUGCCAUCGAUGAGGAACCCCGUUUCGCUAAGGACAACCGUGGAUUUGGUACCAGGGCUGUUCAGGCCGGUUCACCUCACGACCCUGUAACUGGGGCUGUUAUCGCACCUAUUUCCCUUGCUACCACCUACGCCCAAACAGCAGUAGGAAAUCCAAUCGGUCUUUACGAAUAUUCUCGUUCAUCGAACCCCAACCGUGACAAUUUUGAGAAAGCUGUAGCUGCACUCGAAGGCGCUAGUUACGCUCUCGCCUUCUCAUCCGGAUCUGCAACCACUGCUACAAUUCUUCAAAGUUUGGCAGCUGGUAGUCAUGUCAUCUCUAUCAGUGAUGUCUACGGCGGUACCCAUCGUUACUUCACAAAGGUUGCAGCUGCCCACGGUGUUCGUGUGUCGUUCACGGGCGCCAUCGAAGUCGACGCAGAAUCCAUGAUUGGCCCAGACACCAAGCUUAUCUGGAUCGAGACCCCAAGCAACCCCACAUUGUCGCUGGUGAACAUCAGCGCAAUUGCAGAAAUUGCGCAUCAGCAUGGAAUUCUUGUGGUAGUUGAUAACACUUUCUUGUCGCCAUACAUCCAGAAUCCUCUCAACCAUGGAGCUGAUAUCGUCGUCCAUUCGGUAACCAAAUAUAUUAACGGCCAUUCUGAUGUCUUAAUGGGUGUUGCUGCAUUCAACGAUUCGCAGCUUAACGACCGCCUCACGUUCCUCCAAAACGCAAUCGGCGCGGUUCCCUCUCCAUUUGACUGCUGGCUUGCCCAUCGUGGUCUGAAGACUCUUCACCUCCGUGCAAAGGCCGCAACUGAGAAUGCCACUGCCAUCGCUACUGUCCUUGAGUCCUCGCCAUACGUUCUUUCUGUCAACUACCCCGGCCUCAAUUCUCACCCGCAGCGCAAGGUUGCCGUAUUGCAACACCGUAAGGGUAUGGGUGGUGGUAUGGUCUCGUUCAGAAUCCAGGGUGGGCGUCGCGCCGCCGAGAGGUUCUGCCAGGAAACCAAAAUCUUCACACUUGCAGAAUCCCUCGGUGGGAUUGAGAGUCUUUGCGAGUUGCCAGCUGGCAUGACCCACGCUGGAAUCCCCGUAGAGGCGAGGGAGAAGAGCGGUGUUUUCGAUGACCUCAUUCGGUUGAGUGUUGGUAUCGAAGAUACUGAGGACCUGGUUGAUGAUAUCGUCGGCGCACUCGAAAGAGUCAACAACUACGUCCAAGGAAAUAAGGCUUAA